AUGAGGGCUGGUCCAGGACGUCAUGCUGUAGGGGUGGGUGCAAGAUGGCUGAGACGAGUUGGGAAGGAGGCUCCGAUUGUGGUGUCGAACGCUGGUGCUGAAGAAAAGGAGCUGGUUGGGGCUGGGAGCAAUCCGCGCACAGUUCGAGAGGUCCUGGGCCUAGUGUCCAGUAAGCAGCCUGAGGUUGUGUUUUUGAUGGAAACGAAGGUAGGGAAGCGGCAUGUUGAAAGGCUGAGAGUUCGUUUGGGCUUUGAGGGGGCUUUCUGUGUUGAGCCUGUGGGUUUGAGUGGUGGUCUUGCGAUGUUAUGGAGGUGUAAUAAUGUGGUGACGUUAUUAAAUUACUCUAAUAAUCAUAUUGACCUCGUCGUUGCUGUUCCUGGAACUCCUGAGUGGCGGAUCACAGGGUUUUAUGGUUAUUCGGAGAGAAGUAGGAGGCAUGAAGCAUGGGAAUUGUUGUUAACUCUGAAGGGUAGAUCCACCUUGCCAUGGGUAGUAAUGGGGGACUUUAAUGAUCUUGUGUCUCAGUCUGAGAAGCGGGGACUGCAUCCUCACCCUGAGAAUUUGUUGCAGGGUUUUUGUGAGACGCUAGCUGAGUGUGGGUUGUUGCAGGUCCAUACGGUGGGGUACCCGUUUACUUGGGAACGAGGAAGGGGGACGAGGGAGUGGGUGGAGGAGAGAUUGGACAGGGUGGUGGCGGAGGAAAGGUGGUGCGAGGGGCAUCUGCAGGCCCGCGUCUAUAAUAUUCAUACUGAUACUUCUGAUCAUUCUGCGCUUCUUUUGGACUCAUGUCCUCAAUUGGAGCCCAGAAGAAGGAGGUCUCAAUUCCGUUUUGAAAAUGCCUGGCUUUUGGAUGAUGGUUGUAAGGGGGUGGUAGAGGGUGCGUGGGAGGAGCUAGCUGGUGUGGGCUUUCAGGAGAGGCUACGUGGUUGUGGGGUGCAACUCCGUAGGUGGGGUGGUGAUAAGCAUCAUAGGUACAUUGCGAGACCAGGAAAAUGCGUUUUGGCAACAGAGGCUAAACAACAUUGGUUAAGGGGAGCUGAUUCUAAUACUAAGUACUACCACAAAUAUGCCUCCGCGAGAAGACGUAAAAAUAGGAUUGUUAAGUUAAAGGAUGGAGAUGGUAGGUGGGUGGAAGGUGAUGGUUUGAAUCUGGUCAUUGUUGAGUAUUAUAAGGGUAUCUUUCUUACUAAUGGUAAUCAGAUUGGGGAUGCCCUAGAUUUCAUUCAACCACGAGUUAGUCAGGAGCAGAAUGAUGCCUUAUUGAAGCCUUUUCAAGCGGAGGAGGUGAAGGAGGCUUUGUUUUCCAUGGGUCCUGAUAAAUCUCCUGGCCCGGAUGGUAUGAAUCCGGGUUUCUAUCAAUCUUUUUGGGAUGUGGUAGGGGGGGAUGUUACUGAUUUUGUCCUAGGUUGUUUGGGUUCUGGUUCUUUUCCUGAUCAUCUAAAUGACACCAAUGUUGUGUUAAUACCUAAGAAACAGGCUCCAGAAACUGUAGCAGAUUUAAGACCAAUUGCCCUCUGCAAUGUGGUCUAUAAAAUUAUGGCCAAAAUGCUAGCUAAUAGGAUGAAAGACUUAUUGGGGCAUAUCAUCUUUGAUGAGUCCCAGAGUGCUUUUAUCCCUGGGCGGUUGAUUUCUGACAAUAUUCUUGUGGCUGUAGAGGUGGGGCAUUAUCUGCGAAGGAAGCAACAUGGACGAGUGGGGUGGGCAGCUCUGAAACUUGAUAUGGCAAAGGCUUAUGACCGUAUGGAGUGGGCUUUCCUGAAAGGUAUGAUGUUGAGGUUGGGUUUUCCUCAGGCUUGGGUUAAUUUAGUUAUGUUGACUGUCACUACGGUGAGAUACACAAUUAUGGUGAAUGGUCAGCCUGGGGGUGAGGAGGCCCAUGAGGUGGGGCGUUGUUUGACAGUUUACGAGGAAGUUUAUGGGCAAGCUAUCAAUUAUCACAAGUCCAGUAUUACUUUCAGCCAUAAUACUGCUGGGGGUGACAGGUAUGCUGUUGCAACUUAUUUCAGGGUGGUUGAGUCAACUGAUUUUGGUAAAUAUUUGGGCUUGCCAUCUGUGAUUGGGAAGAAUAAGGGGAGGGUUUUCUCGUAUGUAGAGCAAAAGUUGAGACAAAGGGUGGGUGCAUGGAAUAAGAAAUUUCUUACACGAGCUGGUAAGGAGGUAUUGCUUAAGUCAGUGGCCCAUGCAAUGCCCACAUUUACUAUGAGUGUGUUCUUGCUUCCUAUUUUUUUGUGUGAAAGACUUGAGAGAUGUAUGAACAUGUUUUGGUGGCGUAAUGGCAAUGAUGGUAAGGGCAUUCACUGGUUGAGCUGGGACAAGUUGUGUGUGCCUAAGUGUAAGGGAGGCCUAGGCUUUAAGCAGAUUCAUCAGUUCAAUGUCGCUCUACUUGGGAAACAAGGGUGGAGGUUGCUCACUAAUCCACACUCUUUAGUGGCUCGCGUUUUUCAGGCCAGGUAUUAUCCUAAGACCACCUUUUUGGAGGCUACUAUUGGUUAUAAUUCAAGUUACUGCUGGAGGAGUAUUUUAGCUUCACAGGGAAUGAUAAAGGAGGGAGCAAGGAAAAGGGUGGGAAAUGGCUUAACUACUGAAGUUUGGGGCACUCCUUGGCUCCUGGCUUCUGACAACCCUUGUGUUACAACUGAUAUGCCUUUGCCUCUUCAAGGUACUUUGGUUGCUAAUCUGAUGACUGUGGAUGGAAGGUCUUGGGAUUGGAGGUGA